AUGGAAAACGCGUUGGAGCGUUUCAUCUCAUUGGCGCCGAAGGAUGUAAUAGCACUGCUAUGUAACUUUUUGGACUUUUCAGAGUUCCUGAGCCUCAGCUCAGCCUCUAGACCAAUACGCGCCGCAUUAGUAAAUCAUCACCUCUUCUGGUUCAACUAUUAUACCAAAAAUGUACAUUGCAGAACGUACAGUGAUAAAAAUGUUGAACUGAACGGAGUGGAAAGAAGCUCAAAUAAGUAUCAAUUAAAGAUGCCAAUAAUUGAUAAUAUAACAAAGGGAACAGAUCCCAUGAGUAGAUUAUUAAACUCAGCCAGGAAAGUCGAAAUCAUGAAGAGUAAUAAUACAAUCUCAUCCAACCCAAUGCUAAAUUUGGGAAUAUUAGAUAAUUUUAAAAGGUCAAGAUGGAAAGGCCAAUUUAAACAAUAUGUAGAACAAUUGUCUAAAAUAAUAGGCAUUAAUAGUUUAAAUAGUGCCAUGAUAGUACAUUCACUAGGCUCAAACCCGUUCUUAAUAAUAUCUUCACAGUUCAACUCGAUCAGUCCUGUAUAUAAUCGCUAUAAUACAACAAAUAAACAAUAUAACAAUAUGUAUAACGGGUAUCAAAGUGUAUACAGCAUAUGCGGAUACGAUACCAAUGAAGAUAAAUUAAUAUGUAGUAAUGUAAACGUGGCGUUGAAGGAUAUAAGAUAUGAAGUAAAGUUGUGUACCUGGUUAAGAUUUGAUGAUUCAAGUUAUUCACCAGAUUCAUCAAUUCGUUCAAUGUCAACAAGGUUAGGAUAUGUGCCAAAAGUGCUGGUAAUACUUUGUGAUACUAAUAGUGGAGUUGGUAGAUCAAAUAAACAAAAAGUAAAGGCCGGAAAGGGGAAAAUAGUAGCCUUAUUUUACUACUAUGAUGAGGAUUCUGGAUUUAUUAAUAUACCCUCAAUGACCCUUAAAAUGUAUAUUAAUCAUAUUACCACAGAUGCUACUCCUAAAAGCAUAGGAGUUGACGCAGUAAGUAGUUUGGAUGUGUAUGGAUCACUAGGGUAUUGGGACGGCCGUGAGAUAAUAUUUAGGAACCUGAACAUAUUUGUAGGAACAGUUUCAGGAGUCAUAUACCAUAGAGCAGUUGAAAAUAACUUUAUAGCACUGGAAACCAGUGAACGUAUAACAACACACGAAAUUACAUCACUAAGAUAUGUAUUUUCACAAGGAAAAUCAAUCCUGAUAGUGUUUAGCUAUAAUAGGUUCCUUGGUUUAGUAGAUGUGUCAACGUACACCUGGCAUUUAAUGGAUUGCGUAAAUGACUCAGUUGUAGCCUUUUCAGUAGAUAUCGCCAACUGCCUAUUAGGUUACUCACUUGGACACAGCAAUAAGGUUAACUUUAUAGAUUUUUACAACUUUACAAACAAGGCACAGUACUUGGUGCCAAAGCCUCCAACAGCACUCUUGGCACUUGAAAGACAUUCAAAGUGGGCAGUAAUCAUUAAGAACUAUAUUCGAAUCCUUAUUAUAGAAUUUGGCCCAGACUCAACUAAUGGAGUUAAUGGCACUAAUAAUUGUUUAAUAAAUAACUUUGAUUCUGUGAAUGUACCAAAUAAAGGAGAUCUGAGAAUAAAAUCAGUAAGCACAUUGAAUGGACAUGUAGGUGAGAUAAGAGAGUGUGUACAUGACGGCUGGUCAAAGUUGGUGACUAUCGACACUCUGCAUAACCUGUUUGUGUGGGAUUACACAGCCUGUUGUAAGAUCUUUUCAUUUUCCUUAGUGUCUGAUUUCGAUAAAUCCUUCAAUCACUGCUAUUAUAGCCAGGAUUCCGGACCCGAAACUCCACAUAACGGCUAUAAUACGCCAAAUAGCGUGUAUACCAAUAGUAGGUAUGGAUCUAAUACAGUGUAUGUGAGUGUUAGAAACACGCCUGUACAAAACACCUCUAGAAAUACACCAGUGUACAAUAGCACGAGGGAUAAUGUCAGCACCGGCAGAGAAAGUGGCCGCGUCGAGUACAAGAUAUCUCUGAAUGUGAUGAACAAAUUGGGGUCUAAGCCCGAAGUAAAGGACGCAAUAGACGAUUAUCUGUACUCCUACGAGUCUGACCCUGAUGCCUCUCCCUAUUCUGUGAAGGUGGAUAAAACUCCACCAAGGGGUGUCAAGUACAAAAACGCAGUCCCGGCCUCCAACAUCAAGGGUCUCUUAGACCCUAACAAAAAGGGACAAAAGUACUGUGUGGACGUUUCUGUGCACUCACUCGUAAUAUAUUACCAAUCCUGUAAUGUAUUACAGGUUUUCUCAUUCAAAUAA